CGGUGCCGUUAGCGACAUCCGUUGCUUGUAUAGAUAUCUUUGCGUAGUGAACGAGUUAUAUCUGUAGCAGGAGGUCUUCGCGUCGGAACGAGGGCUGAAACUGAAGGAUUUGAAUGGAAAACGAGGAAUGAUUCACGCCCAAAUCUGGGAAAGAUAUCCAGAUAUAUGUGGCUGCUCUAGAAAGUCCAUAUGCAUAUGGCAAACAUUUCAGAAUCUGGGUAGGAGCAGCUUCUCCAAAACAGCUUCUGAUUCUUCUAAUUUUAUUCCUAAAAUACCCCAAGCAAUAUACGAUACUCACAGCAUCGUGGAACUAGGGCUUUCUCUUCUGCGCAUUUUAGGACCGGCCAGAGCUCUUCCCACCUGCGCUGCAGCUCUUCUUCUCCGCCGAUUUCUAGCCUGCGGCUCUUCUUUAUCCACAGCCCAGGUAAAGCAGUGAGCUCUUCUCUUCUCCUCUAUUCUAGAGUUGUGGCUUUUUUUAUUUUCUUUUAUGUAUAUGAAUUAAUACCUUUAUUCCAUCAGUGUGCCUUUAUUGUUUCAUUUUUAUGCAAUUUUUUUUGGGUUAUUCAUAUGCUUGUAGUUUUCACCAUUAACUGUUCAGAUAUGCUUGAGAUUAUUUUUUUGAAUUUGCUCAACAUUAUAAAGUUAAAUUUGUGUAAUUCUUGCCUGGAAUCUGUUCACGAGUAAUAAGGGUUUGAAUUUUUCAUCAGUUUCUUAGGUUAUGGAAUAUGAAUAAGAUCUCACUUUUACUUGAUCAUGCAAGAAAAACCUAACUUUUUUGCACUGCCUUUUACUCUCUUGAGGUUGGUGCUGGGGUUUAAUUUUUCUCUUUAGAAAAUCCCUAAAUACACUGAUACACACAUUAAUAAGGGUCUGAAAUUUUCAUCAGUUUCUUCUCUUUAAAUAAACUGAACUCUUUAACAUCUCUUUAACUGAGUUCCAAUCUUGUUCUCCACUUUAUGAUUACUUUUAAUAAUUUCAAAUUGCUUACAAGAUUUAAUCGGGUUUGGAAUAUAAUUGUGAAUCAAGUUUGCUAAUAAUAUGUUAAAUUCAGGUAUGGCAUCUCACAAAGUUAGUACUUUUGAUGAUGAAGGGAAACAAAAAAACGAUUCCAAAAAAUUUCAUUGGGACCAUGCAACCCAUAUGACCUUCCUUGAUGUAUGUCUUGUUGAAGUGUGAAAUGGUAAUAGGCCCGGUAGCCAUUUUAAUAGGUUGGGCUGGAAAAACUUGAUUGAUAACAUGAAAAAACAUACAAAUAUAACAUUUAACAAAAUGCAACUUAAGAAUCAUUGGGAUAAGAUGAAGAAAGAAUGGAAAGCUUAUGAUAAGCGAAUGAGGAAAGAAUCUGGCCUUGGAUGGGAUCCGAUUACAAAGAGCAUUGAUGCUACACUAGAUUGGUGGGCAGCAGUAAUACAGGUAAUUAUUAAUUUAAAUGAGCAAGUCUUUUAUUUAUUAUUUUCUAAAGUGCAGCUUAUGUAAAGUACAGUAUUUAAUAAUUGUAGCUAUAUGAAGUUCCAGUUUUUUAAGCCUGUUUUUAAGUGCAGUCUAUACAACUUCCAGUUUUUAGAAACUGUUUUCAAAUUCUGGUUUCAAUUUAUGUUUUUAAACUGCAGUUUUUAGGAACAUCCAGUUUUUAAAAGCAGUUUUCAAAUUCUGUUUUUAAAGUGCAAUUUUUACAGAGUUCCAGUUUUUAAAAACUGUUUUCAAAUUCUGUUUUUCAGUGCAGUUUUUACAGAGUUCCAGUUUAUAAAAACUGUUUUCAAUUUAUGUUUUUAAACUGCAGUUUUUAGGAACAUCCAGCUUUUAAAAGCAGUUUUCAAAUUCUGUUUUUAAAGUGCAGUUUUUACAGAGUUCCAGUUUUUAAAAACUGUUUUCAAAUACUGUUUUUAAGUGCUGUUUUUACAGAGUUCCAGUUUAUACAAACUGUUUUCAAAUUACUCCGUCGUAUGUUUUUAAACUGCAGUUUUUAGGAACAUCCAGUUUUUAAAAGCAGUUUUUAAAUUCUGUUUUAAAGUGCAGUUUUUUAGGAGUUCCAGUUUUUAAAAACUGUUUUCCAAGUGCAGUUUAUAAAAACUGUAAACUGGAAGAUCCUGGAUGUGCAGGUUAAAGUGUAGUUCUUAAAGUGCAGUUUUACUUAUGCUUGGAUACUGUUUUUAAAGUGUUGUUUUUAUCAACAGGAGGAUCCUGAAUGUGCAUAAUUAAGUAAUUUGCCAUUACUGAUUUCUAAACUUAUACGUAGUAUUUAGUUACAAUAUACUUGGUUAGAUAUGACGGUAAGGAAGAUCCAAUCUGCUACAAAGUCUACAAGUUUGCCAUGGACAAUAGCUUAAGGUGAAGACACCCUCACUCCAAUCAGUUCAUUUCUUCCACCGUCAAUGGUGCCAGAUCCCCAAGAUUUGGAGUUAUGGUUGAAGGUUGAUGGGGAGAUUUGUCAAGAAGGCUCUACUCGUGGUAUGAUAUUCAAGAUUCCAUACUUGAUUAGCCACAUAAGCUCUAUCAUGACACUGCUUGAGGGUGACAUUAUUUUAAAAGGCACUCCUGAGUCCUGAGGGUGUUGGUCCGGUUGUGGUGGGACAAAAGAUGGAAGUCGGGAUAAGAGGUCUCAUGGAUGGUCACGGUUCACUUUGAUGUGGAAAAACGCUAGCAGGCAAUUUCGUAACAUUUAUUAGUGUCUUCACAAGUAUGUAACUGACCAACAAUCUAAUAAUCUAUAGUGAAAUUUCAAACACCUCCAUGGUUAUAUUCGUACCAAAAGUUUGAACAAAAUAAAAAAAUGUAUGAGGUUCCCCCUUCAAUAAUACAUUGUGUUCUAG